AUGGUAGCUCUGGCAUGGGUUCGCAAGUUUGCUACCACUCAGUUCCCCCACGUGCCUGUAGAUCAUGGCAUCCGCCGGGGACUAUUCCAAGGCACGACCCCUCCAUCGGCGUUAAAGUCCCUUCUCUUCAACGCCAUUUCUGUUGCUGCGGCUUCGUCCCGCACCAUCAACAUGCGACUGAUGACGUACAACAUCCGGCUUGCGGUUUCGGUCGGUGGUACCGGCGAGGAGCUCUGGUCUGUUCGACAGCCAUUAAUGUCUGCUCAGCUGAACUAUGAGAGUGCUGGAAGGCCCGAAGCGCUCAUGUGUUUCCAAGAGGCUACGUACCCUCAAGUCCAAGAUCUUGACGCUGGUCUUGGUGAUGAGUGGACCUACGUUGGCGUUGGCCGGGAUGAUGGCGCCCAGGGUGGAGAGUUCUCCCCGAUCUUCUACCGUCCUUCUGUAUGGAAACUUGAAAAGAAUACGACCUACUGGCUCAGCGAGACUCCUGAGGAAGUUGGCUCCGUGGGAUGGGACGCUGCCCUCCCCCGCAUCGUGACCGUCGCCCGCUUCCGUCACGACAGCUCCGGCGCGCGCAUCGUCUACAUGUGCACGCACUUCGAUCACGUCGGCCAAAUUGCCCGCGAGAACUCGGCCAAACUCCUUGUCAACGUCUCGGAUGAUUGGUCCACCUACAAGAAGAAGACUCUUCCUGUGUUCCUGGGCGGCGACCUCAACGUCACGCCUGACAACGUGGCGUACCAAACGUUGGCGUCAGAGAUGUACGACACAAAAGAUGUAGUGCCGGAGGAACAUCAUUUCGGAAACGUCAAGACAUACACGGCAUUUACAGUGGAUUCAUCUGAUGACACUGAGAUUGACCAUAUCUUUGUCAGGGACCCUGAAGACCUCGAAUGGGACUCCUUUGCAGUUCUCAAUACCAGGUUUGAGGAUGGAAUCUUCAUCUCCGAUCAUCGUCCUGUGGUAGUGGACUUUAAGAUGCCUCGCAAGCAGUGAUGAAUGAUGAAGCGGUCUCAAUU